UAUACAGCGUCCUCUGCCGUUCAUUACUAUUCACAUCUUACGGAGUUGUAGUGCAGUGAUGACUUCCGUUUCCACUCAUUACUUUUAGUUUCUUUCUCGACGUAUGAUUUUUAGGGUUAACAAUACAAUAUGUGUUAUAUUAUUUUUAAGCAACCGGAAAUAAUUUUAUGUUUAACCGCGGCUUACUUUAACUGUUCUAGUGCAGAAGCGGUCCACUCCCUCCAUCGGCACUGCGUGGCGUCCCAGGGAACUCGCUUUUUGAAGAACAUCCAGUUUCUAAUGGUGGAUGACAUCACUGUUUACUACUAUAAAAGCGGUUCUAGCGAAGAUCCAACAGUGCCGGCAUGGCUGAACCAUACGGAGGGCUUGGAAUUGUGGAAGCAAGUCAGCCUGAAUCUCAACUUCAACAGACAUGUGAUGGACACUGCAGUGAGACUGACUGCAGAGCAUUUCAACCAUUCAGACGAUCACACAUAUCAGGCUCAUGGUCACUGUGAAUUGAACCCAGAUGGAACUAGUAGGUCUUUCAUGAGCCAUGCAUACGAUGGCAUGGAUUUUGUCAGCUUCGAUGUCGAGAGGAAAUCCUGGGUCGCAGUCGUCCCACAGGCCAUCUUCUACAAACAAAGACGGGAAUCAGACAUGUUCGAUUUAAAUCGUCUUAUUGCUCACUAUCAAUCUGGUUGCAUUAACUGGCUGAAGAAGCUUUUGGAGUAUAGUAUAAGUGUACGGAAAACAAGAGUUCCAGAAGUGAAGCUAUUUGCCAGGAACCCCCCUAUGACAUCUGCCAUUGAAGUCACAUGUCAUGUGACUGGCUUCUACCCACGGGAGGUGCAUGUUGAGUGGUUGGGGGCAGAUGAGCUCCCCCUGAUGGAGGGUGUGAUCAGUGGGGAGGUUCUGCCCAAUGGUGAUUUAACCUACCAGCUGAGGAAGAUUCUGAGGGUGCCAGAAGAUCAGGGAACCCAAAGCUACAGCUGUCGGGUGGCCCACAGCAGUGUGCCUGAGAACAUCACUGUCAUCUGGGCUCCGGAAACAACUCGUCUUUAUGGAAUAAUCCCCGGGGUCCUUCUGGCUGUAUUGGUUCUCAUGCUUUUUGCAGUCAUCUUCAUCUUCACAGACUGUGCAGCAGGGUUAAGGAGAUGAGCAGAAGCACCAGGACAGAUUACAGGAUGGAUUGAUGACGGGACUUUUAACUACAGUGGAGAAGGUGAAACAGUAAGAACUGCAAGGACUAACCGGGCAAAAACAGGAGCUACAGUUUUGCCCCGCAGACUCCGUUUUCCCUUUCAACAGAGAGAUUUCCUCCAGUUUGAGGCUCCCUAGUGUGUCAGUUAUUAACCUAUAACCUCGGAUUUCAGAGUGUAAUGUACUUUUAAGCUUUCACUAUUUAUUCUCACUCGACUGAUUAUACUGUUGUAAUUAUUCCCAUAUGUAUUUAACAUUAUGCCUUAUGUUAAAAUGUCUACCUAUGCAUCUAUCCAGUGAGAUACAGUGUCAGAGUCGCUAGCAGAGCCUGAUAUAGCAGAGCGACAUAGGCAGCCGCCUAGGGCACCAACGUCUGAGGUGGCACUGACUUGCCAGCUAGUUUCAACGUCCUCGGCUCUCUCACGCGGGACGGAGGAUGCUGGCAAAUGCAAACCCUGAAUUGCCGGCUUGUAGUGGCUGCCAUACGCUGUUUCUCCCGGUACUGAAGUGGUCUCUCAUUUCUUGCAAAGGAUAUGUCAAUUAACAUCAUCUGUAGCUUCACCAGUGUCAUUUGAGGUAUCCCAUGUGUGAUUAAUAUAGAAGUAUUAAGAGAUGGUGUGUUGCUCAGCACAGAUACCUCACACGUCUGGGACCUUAGGGAUGUCCUUGUCUCCGCCAUGUCUGCAUGUGUGUGGAGUUUGCAGGUUCUCCCCGUGUUAGUGUGGGGAUUUGUCUGGGUGCUCUGGUUCCCCUCCAUGGUCUAAAACCAUGCUGAGGCCUAUUGGCAUUCAUAGGUUGUCCAUAGGUGUGUGUGUGUGUGUGUGUGUGUGUGUGUGUGUGUGUGUGUGUGUGUGUGUGUGUGUGUGUGUGUGUGUGUGUGUGUGUGUGUGUGUGUGUGUGUGUGUGUGUGUGUGUGUGUGUGUGUGUGUGUGUGUGUGUGUGUCAGUGUGCCCUGCGAUUCAUUGGCACCCCAUCCUGGGUUGUUCCUUGCCUUGCACCCAUAACCUUUGAUAUAGACUCUAGACCCCCUGCAACCCUGAAUAGAACAAGUGGUUUUAGAAAAUGGAUGAAAGAACUUGGAUACGUGGAUCUAUGUUGCCUGUAUUAUAUCUGUGUGAAAUUUCAGCACAUGGGCAGAAAACACCAUAUUUAAUACAUAUCUUGUGUUCACUCCUCUCUGCUGCGUAUCUCAUACUUAUUCUCUGUUUAAUUGUUAAUUGUCUAAAGAGUGUGAAGCUGAUAUCGCGCUGUGUUGAAUUUUGGGUAAUAACAUUUUGUUACAUACAAAGGGAAGGAAGCUGAGGAGGUGAUAAGAUGACAAGAAGUGGGUAGCUGCAGUAAGAAGCUCUUGUACACAACAAAAACAAAAAACUGCUUUAAAAAAAUCCAGUCAAUGUGGUUCUGCCAUGUGAGGCUAAGAAUAUGACGUUCUUAGACAAAAACGUUGUUGCAGUUUGCUGUACUCUGACAUAUAUGUGUCCACAUGUCGUAAAGUGAUUGGUGAAAGGUACUUUUUAGCCCUGUGCAUGUGCUGUGAAUUUACAUUGCUUGGUUUUACCAAUUUAGCCUAUACACACUCAUGUUUACAUUUCACAGUUUUAAAAGGCAGUUUGAAUACUAGGAUAAUAAUAGCUAUUGAUGGAUUCAUGGGUCAUGUUUUCAAAACAUUGUAGCCAGACUACAUUGCAUGAGUAAAAAUUAAUUUAUUUUUAGUGCUUUCAAUGAACAGGUUGCUUUGCUAAGGCUCUUGUUUACAUUUUUAUAUGCUUUGUUUCUACUGUUUGUGAAGCAACCUAGAGCGUAAUAAAGACUUUAAACAAC